AUGCAGGCCGCACCCCGAGCCAUGUUGGCGCUGCGCCCGGCGAGGCUCCGCCAUCCCAGGCCGUCCCCGUCGUGGGCUUUGACCACUGGACUUAGAUGCCUCGGGACUGCGUCGCAGGCUCGCAAUGCGGCCGCGUCCGAGGUGGCGACUCCAACGGCACCGACAGCCUCGUCGCGAAGGGAGCGCAUACGCAGUGCAAAACCCUUCUCCGAGUUCUUGACCGACACUUUCCAUCGCCAGCAUGACUAUCUGCGCAUAUCGGUAACAGAGCGAUGCAACCUUCGCUGCGUGUACUGCAUGCCCGAAGAGGGCGUUCCCCUGUCACCGAACAGGGAGCUGCUCACAACUCCCGAGAUUGUGAUGCUGUCGUCCCUUUUUGUCGGGCAAGGCGUGAGCAAGAUCCGCCUAACGGGCGGCGAACCCACCGUGCGUCGAGACAUCCUGCCCUUGAUGCAUCAGAUUGGAGCGUUGCGGCCCCAAGGGCUCCGAGAGUUGUGCAUCACCACGAACGGCAUCUCUCUCCACCGGAAGCUGGACAGCAUGGUGGAGGCCGGCCUGACCGGUGUCAACCUCAGUCUCGACACACUGGACCCAUGGCAGUUCCAGAUCAUGACCCGCAGGAAAGGAUUCGACGCGGUCCAGAAAAGCAUCGAAAGGAUCCUGGAACUCAACAAGCACGGCGCCGGCAUCAAGUUGAAGAUCAACUGCGUCGUCAUGCGCGGGGUCAAUGACCGCGAAGUCAUUCCUUUCGUCGAGAUGACGCGUGAAAAGGAUAUCGAGAUCCGCUUCAUCGAAUACAUGCCGUUCGACGGCAACAAGUGGAGCCAAGGCAAAAUGUUCAGCUAUACGGAAAUGUUGGAUCUGAUCCGGGCAGAGUACCCAGGACUCGAAAAGGUUCAGGAUCACAAGAACGACACGAGCAAGACGUGGCACAUACCUGGCUUCACGGGACGCAUCGGGUUCAUCACGAGCAUGACGCACAACUUUUGCGGAACCUGCAACAGACUCCGCAUCACAGGCGACGGAAACCUCAAGGUGUGCCUUUUCGGAAACGCAGAAGUGUCACUCCGAGACCUUCUGCGCAAGUCCAACAGCGGCGAGCCGAUCGACGAAGAGGCCUUCGAAGCCAUGAAGCAGAUCGAGAUGGAUCGUCGGCAAGGCUUGGUGGCAUCCGGCCAGCUGCUGGGAAUCGCGCCCAACGAAGCGGAGCUUCUCGAUGUCAUCGGCGCCGCGGUAAAGCGGAAGAAGGCGAAGCACGCGGGCCUGGGAGAGCUGGAGCACAUGAAGAAUCGGCCAAUGAUCUUGAUAGGUGGGUGA